AUGGAUAUUGAUGAUGAAGAAGAAGAAAGCAUGAAAUUACCUCUUCAUGUUAUUCUAAAUGAUGACAUAGAAACCAUGGAACCAGUUGAAGUCGGUAAAGGUUAUGCUUGUUCUUUGUGUGAUGCAAAGUUUCCCAAUAAAAGUAAAUGUAUUCAGCACGGCCAGAAGAAUAACUGCAUGGUGGAAUGUGAACUGUGUGGUGUAACAUACAGGAAGAAAGACCAAGCACAGUUCACAAUUCAUGUUGAGCAGCAUCAGAAAAGCAAGAAAUUUCCGUGCAAAAAGUGUAAAAAAGUUUUCUUUAGUGACGAGCAUUUGAAAAUUCAUUCCAGAUGGCAUAAUAAUGAAGUAAUGACAAAGUGUGGCAAGUGUAAGGAGGAUUUUUACACAUGGUUUCAGUAUGCAGCACAUAUGGUGUGUCAACACAAGGAGUGUAAUAUGUUUACAUGUGAUGUGUGUAAUGCUAAAUUUGCCAGUAUUAAUUUUAUGAAGAGCGAGUUGAAGUUUGACGGAAAGUUAUCAUAUUUCAGAUGCAUUAUGUGUGAUAAGUAA